AUGCGGAACGGAAAGGCGACAAUAACAUUGCCAGCCCUCGAAAGUUUGGGUUUCCUGUCGCUUAUACCCCCUGGGGCUGUUCCGGCUUCCGAUGAGAUCAACAUUGAACUUUACUUCAAGCGGCACCCUUCCGAACUUCUCAUCGGACAAGAAUUCGUCAGCGAGAUGAACGCCAACGCAUUAUUGAUACUCCAGCGCGACCCAGUACGGGUGGCAGACACUUUGUCGGCCAUUGGUUAUGCGUAUCAGGUCGGCGACAGGGCGGGAUCCUUGCUACCCGUUCUGAAUCGAAGAGCAAGGAUCCUAGCCAACCUUAGGAGCAUGAAGGCGUCGAGCUUUUACUUCGAGGAAGCUCUCUUUCUGCUUCUAGGUCUAUGUGCCAUGGAGCUCGUCACGCUCGCACAGCCAGGCCACCACACCACCAUACCGACGGUUCUGGGCAACGUCUCCUCCCUCAUAUCGCACCACACCUCGAUAGGCGGCGAAAUUUCCUUCGUCAGCCGCUACCUUCUGCGUGCCCUUGCUCGCCAAGACCUAGUCGUUUCCCUCGUCCAUCUCCGUCGCCCUCGCGUUCCGACCUGCAUCUGGCUCGAGACGAACGACUGCACAAAAGCAGACCGUCUUCUCGGCUACACAGCAACGCUCAUGCCUUUGCUUGAGGAGCUUUGCAUCCUCGCAGAGGAUAUGCGCGAACAAAUUCUCCAGCCAAGUCAUUCAUCAGCGACCGAUCAAGCGGUGCUUGGAUUUUCAGCCGCAUCCAUGUCCCCAUCGUCUCAGGAUACCUCAUAUGCCACAGAUAAUAGCCCCAGGUCCUCCGUUUUGGUUUGUUCCAAAGUGAAACGACCAUCAACCAUAACGCCCUCCUUCAAUCCCUCCCCCGAGUCCACCUCGAUUCAACUUCGGGCUGCAUCCCUCUACCAUCGCCUGACAGCCUGGUCUCCUCCCAUCACAGACAACAACCCCUUCCUGACGACCCGCAAAUUUCGUGUCCAAGCCGCAUCCUAUCGCUCCGCAGCCCUCCUCUACCUCCACCGUCUGCAGCACCCCCCUAGCAGCAGCAUCAAUAGCGACGAUGCAUCCCAGCACGCAGUCUCAGAAACUGGAACCGAAGCUGAAGCAGACGCCGCGGCUCUCCACGGCGCGCAUGACGUGCUUCUCUACGCAUCUGGCGCGCCAGCUGCUGAGACGAAGCUUCUUCUCUGGCCCGUCUUCCUUGCGGCCUGCGAAAUGCGCGGAGAAGAAGACAGGCGGGCUGUUAGAGAGCAUUUCUAA